AUGGAAAUUCAUAGUGUAGGUCCAUUUAUUAUUGGUAAAACCCUUGGACAGGGUACCACUGGUAAAGUGAAAUUGGGAUUUCAUAAAGAGACUGGAUUCAAAGUGGGAAUCAAAAUUAUCAACAAGGAACUUUUGAUUAGUAAACCAUCGAUGAGAAGAAAGAUUGAAAGAGAAAUUGUUUUGAUGAAAUUAAUAGAUCAUCCAAAUGCUCUAAAGAUGUAUGAAGUUUAUGAAACUUCAAAAUAUUUAUUUUUAAUUCUUGAAUAUGUUGAAGGAGGAGAAUUAUUUGAUUAUCUAGUUGAAAAGGGAGGUUUAGAAAGUGGCGAGGCAUUAUUUUUUUUCCAACAAAUCAUUACUGGUUUGGAUUAUUGUCACAAUAGAAGUAUUUGUCAUAGAGAUCUCAAACCAGAGAAUCUGUUGCUGAGUGGAGACAAAAAGAUCAAGAUUUGUGAUUUUGGUAUGGGUUCUAUCGUUAGAAAAGAUAAUUUAUUACAUACUAGUUGUGGAUCUCCUCAUUAUGCUAGUCCAGAAGUUGUAUCUGGUAUCGAUUAUGAAGGUCAAAAGGCUGAUGUUUGGAGUUGUGGUGUUAUCUUGUAUGCAUUAUUAACUGGAAAAUUACCAUUUGAUGAUGAAAAUAUUAGAAGAUUAUUAAACAAGGUAAAGAAUGGAGCAUUUGUAAUGCCACCAUUUAUUCACAAGGAUGCUCAAGAUUUGUUGACCAAGAUGUUGACAGUCGACCCUAAAAAGAGAAUUUCAAUUAGGGAAAUCAAAAAACAUCCAUGGUUCCUAUCAAACAAUAUCAUCCCACAAAAGGUCACUCCACUCGACGAGAUUGCUUGUCAACCAUUACCAGAUCUAUCAUUAUUGGAUGAUGAAAUAUUUAGAAGUUUAAUGGUAUUGGGUUUAGGUAAUGUUGAUGAUGUUAAAAGACAAUUGGUUAAUAGUGAUAAAUCACAAGUAAUUGUAUAUUAUAGAUUAUUAGAAGAAAGAAAGAAAUAUGAUAUUGAAGGAAAUAAAUAUGGAAACAAACCAAGAGAUGUCAAACAAGAAAGAAGAAACAGUAUAUCGGAUUUGUCAAAGAGAAUGUUUGGCAAACAAAAAUCAAAUGGUGAUCUUAAUAAUAUUCAACCUCAACAACAACCAUCUUCUCCAUCAACUACUCCAAGAAAUAAUAAUAAUAAUAAUGAACAACAACAAUCUCCAUCACAACAAUCACCAUCACAACAACCAUCAUACUCACCACAACAACAACAUCAACAACAUCAUCAUCAUCAUCAACAACAACAUCAACAACAAUCAAUCCCACCACUAUGUAUAAAUUCUAACAAUAACAACAAUGGUACAUCUACCAAUAAUAAUAAUGGACAAAGACCACCAUCACCACCAUCACCAACUCAACAACAACAACAAUCACCACCACAACCAGUACCACAUUCACCAAGACAUCAUCAAUCGGAUGGAUUACUCAAACAGGCAUUACAACAACAUCAUAUGCAACAACACCAAAAUGGAAAUGUUUCACCUAUUUCCAUUUCCGUGUCUGAUAAGCAACCACAACAACCACAUCAACUAUCUUUGAGCACUGGUAUGCCAGCACCAUCACCCAAGCUUGUUGACGACCACCAUCAACCGGUCCAACGCAGAGGCAGUAUGACGGCAUCGACCAAUCCCGCCACCUCUCCAACCAUGUCUCAUCGUGGCAAGGUUUCUUCGCCAGUCGAGAUCACUAGCAAGGUUAGAAAGUUAAAGUUGAGCGAGCGCGAACAGCCAUCCAACUCUCCCAUCAUUGGGUCUAGUCCUAAAAAAUCUUGGUUCUCUUACUUUUUCUCAAAGAAUGGUGAUGGUACCAACUCUGGAAAGGAGAAUGGCAAGAAUGGCGGAAAGGGCUCAUCCUCUUCUCAUCAAUCGGGUGCCUCUACCGCUUCAUCUGCGUCUUCCACCUCUUCCACUUCUUCCACUUCUCCCUCUUCUUCUGCUGCCGCUUCAUCUACCACCACCACCACCGCCAAUUGUAGAUGUGUGGUAGAGACCAAGAUUGACAGCUCCUUAAUUGUAGUAAACUUGGAAAAGAUUUUCUCCAAACAAGGUAUGGAAUGGACAAUGAGAGACAAGAAUGCCCACAAUGGAGGUGGCCUUUCUUACUUUAUCAAAUCCAUUUCAAACGGCGACAGCAACAAUACCCCAUUCGAAUGUGAAAUUGAUGUAGAAUCUGCUCCACCUCAACACAUUUCACCGUCAUCUUCAACUAGUCGAAUUCAUAUUGUUCAAAAAUCUGGUUCUCAAAAUAGAUUUACCAAUUUCACAAACUCAAUUGAACAAUUGUUCCUUUAA